AUGCUCCCUUGGACCGCGUGGUUCAGCAAAGUAGGGCCAAAGAUAGGGACACAGCCCCGAGCACCUGCUAUGCUUGCGCUUGGCCAGCAGCACAGCCUCGCUUGUGCAGAUGGGGAUCUUGUGGUGGCAUGGGGAGACAACCAUCGCGGGCAGUUUGGAGAUGGCACGAGAACAUCUCGGCUAACUCCUGAAAAGGUUUUUGAUGCAGACUUCGUCGCGCUAGUUGCAGGAAUGCAGCACAGCAUGGGUCUCACCCAAACUGGGCGGCUCCUGUGCUGGGGAGGCAAUGAAUUCGGGCAGAUUGGUGAUGGUACGAUCCAGCCGCGUCUGGAGCCCGUGGAGAUUCCGCUGCCCGGUGUCAAGCACAUCUCUGCAGGUUGGUUCCACAGUCUGGCUGUGACCAGCAUGGGUGAGGUCUGGGCUUGGGGCCAAAAUAAACAAGGCCAGCUUGGAGACGGCUCACGGGAGACGAGGCAAGCGCCGGUGCGGGUGUUGGCCUCCGGUGUGCGACAGGCUGCUGCUGGUUGGUUGCACAGUUGUGCCGUGAUGGAGUCUGGUCAGGUGCUGGUCUGGGGAACUCUCGACGGGGUCGUCUACUCGGACAUGACAGAGGUGGCUGAUGCCAGCAGUGGAGCCGUGGCUGCAGACUGCGGCUAUGCCCACGUAGCGUUCCGCACCGCCGACGGACAGGUCUUCGCCCUGGGUGCCAACGACCGUGGCCAGCUUGGGGACGGCUCUGCUCAGGCCUCUCCGCUCCGGGCGGUGCCUGUGGAGACAGCCGCGAUCACUGGUUCGCCUGUAGCUGCAUUAGCCUGUGGCUACGCCCAUACCGUGGCGCUCACUGAAGCAGGUGGCACUCUGGGGCUCUCCCAGAGUCUCUGA